UUUGCUAUCACACCUUUCAUAUUAAAUAUGCGGCUCUGCAUCGGUACACACUGAAACAGCUCAUGUGCUGGUGUGUGGUGGUAUAACACACUGAACGCAGCCCACUUUGACUAAUCUACUCGUCCAUCUUUGGAUGUAUUUCAAUGUGGUGUCUCUGACGCCGACUACAACCAGAGACUGAAAUCUCCCAUUGGAGCACAGACGCUGUUACAGCACACGGGACCGCUGGUGAGUGACACUGGCCCCGAUGGCCAAGAACACGCUCUCUUCGCGCUUCAGAAAGGUGGACAUUGAUGAAUUCGACGAGAAUAAAUUCGUGGACGAUCACGAUGAGGCUGCAGACCAGCAAGGACCCGAUGCGGUGGAAGUCGACAACCUUAUCAGGCAAGGGGACAUGAUGGCAGCCCUUCAUAUUGCUCUUAGGAACCCUCCAAUCAACAGCAAGAACCCAGCAAUAAAGGUACAGACCGUUUUAACAAAAACUUCUUUUCAGAAUGAAGUAUAUAGAGCACAGAUUGCACGAAUGCUUGAAAUACGCCAUCUUUUCUGUCUUUCAUUCUCUCAGGAAAGAGCUCAGACUGUGGUAUUGAGGGUGCUGACAUCAUUUAGGAGCAGCGAUAUAGAGCCUGCUGUUAAAUCUCUCGACAAGAAUGGAGUCGAUCUUCUCAUGAAGUAUAUCUACAAAGGCUUUGAGAGGCCUGUAGAAAAUAGCAGUGCCAUAUUGCUGCAGUGGCAUGAAAAGGCAUUUGCCAUUGGAGGACUAGGCUCUAUUGUUCGAGUUAUGACAGCCAGGAAGACUGUAUGACUACCUGAGCAGACCUGGAAACAAUGUCGCUAAGAGACGCAGAGGACGUGAGGCAGGUUUGCCUGUUACUUAAAGGAAAGAACAAGAGGCCAUCAUUUUGAAUGUUACUGCCUUGAAAAAAACUGAACUGUAAACGGUAGAGAAACACCAAAGCACUUGUUUCAAACUGAAAAAAUAUGCUUGUGUAAAAGUGAAGUAACAUUCAUGUCAAUAUAUCAUAAAUUAUUCUAUGAUAUACUGGCAUCAAAAAGAUUUCAGUCCGACAUGGGUUUUUGAGGGGAAGACAAAACAAUCCCGGUGUACAUGCUAUGAGUAACAUGGUGAAUACAGAUCAGGUGACUGUGAGCAGCAAAAGUGAGUCAGUCCAUAUGAGGUUGUUAUUUGAUUAGUUAGAUUUAAUCAAUGUUUUAUUUUCUUAUUUUAUUUCACAUCUUUGGUCCCAUACUCCUUUUUGUUUUCGUGCAGAGAUUUAAUAAUGGAACCAGUGAUGUACACCAAAGGGGUAGAGUGGGGAUCAUUGUAAAGUGCCUGCUACAAUAAAGUAAAUGGAUCUCCUUUA